GGUUUGGUCGGUCUGAAAACGUUGGUUGCCAAACUUCAACGAUUUGUUCCAAUCAACAACGCAACUAAUACAACGAAGAUACUUGUCACUUUGGAAUUCCCCCCGCCAUGGCUACAUCCCCUGUGGCCACUGCGUCGGCAUCAUCUCCCAACAUUGCGACAUCGAUGUCGCACAUGAAUGAAGGCGAAGGGCCGUGGACUCGUAGCGAGCACGAACGUUUCCUCGCCGCCACAAAGCUGUUCCCGUUGGGGCCGUGGAAGGUGAUUGCCGCCCACGUCCGGACGCGUAACGUCCGACAGACCCAAACCCACGCUCAAAAGUACAAGGAGAAGUUGGCGCGGUGGGACCGAGGGCUAAGUCGCCGGCGGAAGAUCUCGUUCGAGUCAGAGGACGGCCGACGACCAAACUAUAUUGAACGACCCACCGACAAGGCGGUCAAGAGGAAGAAAGCAAAGCACCGGUCGACGAAGAAAGCCCUCCACCGGAAAAAGGCGGCGACCCUUUCCCCCGAAGAGCCAAGCGAAUUGACCAAGGCGGACGAGCCGGAUGAUUUGGAGCCGUUGGCAUUCUCGACACAAGACUGCUUCAAGCUGUUGGCUAUGAUGGACGCGAGCCCGUCGCCGUGCCAAGUGGACGCGCUGCCUUCGUUGGGGGAAUCUCUGGAUUAUUUCAUGGAAAUGUUUGAAACGUAGAAUAUCGCUGUAGUUAUUUAUCCAUAGGUUGUCUUGUUGCAAUCAAUCGUACUCCCAGGUGUCGUCUUGUA